AUGUGCCGUUUCGACGAGGCGGACAUCGGCGACACGCGCGCUUCGCUGUCGGCAAGGUUUUUCGAGGCUGCCGACGAACCCACAUCGGCAUCACCGCCGCCGCCGCCGCCGCCGCCGCCCCCCGCCGCAGGGGCCACGCGAGCGAACUUCCCGGAGCGGCGGAACAAGGUAAAGGAGGGAAUUCCGAAGAAGGCAACGGAGGCGUCGCCCGAAAGGGGCGGCCGAGUGGCAGAGUCCGCGAUAACCGGCGCGGGGAGGACGAGGGGGGAGGGGGGAGCUAGACUAACCGCAGAGGCGGAGGAAGCCACCUCCGAAGGCACAGCGGCGACAGCAGCGACAGCGGCGGCGGCGGGAGCCGAGUCAUCUGCCGGCACCGCUCACGCCGGAGAAGCUUCUGCCGCCGCCGGAGGCUGCGGUACCGCGGCUGACGACACCGCGGCUCCGACUUCCGCUGGGAAGCGCAAGGUGGGGGCGGAGAGCGGAGAAGAGCGGAGGGAGGGAGAGUCGCCACACAAGGCCGCGGCUGCCGGCAGCGGCGGCGGUGCCUCCAGGGAAGGUCGGAGGUCGAUCGCCGAGGAUUGUUCACACUCGAGGGUGGACACGGGGGGCACGACGGCUGCGGCUGGGGCGGAAUUGAAGCAGGAGGUUAACGCGGACGGGAAAGGGGAGAAGGAGGGCACGCAGGAAGGCAACAGCGGAGAGGGUAGGGGGGGGGCGUCAAAGGUGGAGCCGACGGUGACAGAGGGAAAAGAGCCCCGACAAGCGACGACUUCCUCCACACCCUCUCCAAUGCUGGCGGCGGUUGCCGAGACCGACGAGGCCGUCGGCUCGGACGACGCAGGCCGGCCUCCUUCGCCGUAUGGGAUUUCGCUGGGGCUGGCCGGCGCACCGCGAGCCACCCCGGACUACGCCCGGAAGACCUGGAAGGCUUACCACGAGCGGCAAGCGCUGUUGGCGGGGCGGCGGCAGUACUCGAGGCCCGUGGAGGUGGAUCCCGUUGUGUGGGGGGACCUGAUAGGGAGGAAGCUCGCCGAGCUGAUCGAGGGGGAGAGGAACCACCCGCGCAGCGUGGUCCGGGGCGGGGCAGCGGAUAGGGACGGGGGGCACUGCCUGCUGCCAGAGCUGGAUGACAUUCGCUUGCACAGCGGGCAUGAGCAGGCCGUGGCGGCGGCGGUGUGCAAGCCUAAGUUUCUCCGCUUUUCUGCGGAAGGUUCCGAGUAUACGGCCGACGACUUUGGCGCUGGUGGGGGCUUCGACGAGAUGUACCAAAGGUUCAGCGCUCUGAUCAAACAAGUCGGGGGCCUCGCGGCCAAAAGAGCGAGGACGAGAGCGGGGUACCCCGACGACCAGGUGGAGAGCCAUCGCGAAAGCAGGUCGAGCGAGAAGACCAGCCGCGAAGCCGAAGCUAUCCCUUGGGAAUUGGGCGCAGCACGAGCGGCUGCCCCGUCCACCGCGGCGGCGGCCCCAGGCGGCGGUGACGGAGACGACGGCGGCGGCGGUGGUGGAAGUGGCGGCCCAGGCGGCACGAUCGGCGGCAGCGAGUUCGGGGAUGACCUCUUCGCGGGGGACGCCGCGGCGGUACUACAGCGUUCUGCUGAACAGCAGGAGAAUAAAAACGACGGACAACUCCCGGAUGCUGAUCUGAAGGCGCAUCCGAUUCCUCACAUAGGCCCCGACUCCCACCGCUUGCUCCCGGACGAAGUGGAAGCGGUGCUCAGGGGGCACGCAGAGGAGAGCGUGGACGGGUACGACGCUUCUUUCGCCGCACAGAUGCAGCACAGGUUAAGAAGCCUCCGCUCUUCCAAACGCGGGGUUUGGUUUUGUAUGUGGGGGUUGGUGUCGGUUGGGGGGGGCGCCGAGGGGAUGAAAAAGCUUCGGGGAACCGCUGCCCGAGAACGGCGGGAGCGUGCUCGACCUGGACUGAAGGACCGAUAUCUGGAAGAGGCCGUGCGCAGGCAAGAGCGCCGUAGCCAUAUAGCACCGGCCAAGGUGGAAAGAUGGAGGAACCACCGCGCCGCCUCCGACGACUAUGACGACGAAGACGACGACCAGAACGCCAGCACCUCCUGCUCCGUCGCCACGUUCGAAGACUUCUACCUUAAGUCGACCCAGGCCGCGGACGCUCUGCCCGUCGUAGAGGGGAGGAUGAACGCGGAAGAGACUAAGGGUGCCUCGAUGGAGGCACCGCCACCGCUGGCAAAAGUUGAGGAGGCGACGAUCCGGAAGCAGCAGAGGCGAGAGGAACGGCGAGCCGAGCGCGUGGCGAGGUUGGAGCUCAAGCGGGAGCAAGCCAGGAGGGGCAAGACGAGCCUGGACGGCAGCAGCAUCAGUGCCGACCCCCCCGGCGGCGAGACGAGCCUAGACGGCGGGCCCCCCAGCGGUGAAAUCCUGGUCCUCCUCCCGCGGCGCAAGAUCGGCGGCGGCGGCGGCGGCGGCGGAGUCGGCGACCCAGAAGACGAUGCCAGCCUCGACCCCAGCGUGAGCAGCCUCGGGACGUACGACGAGCACAGCCUCAGCGGCAGCAGCGGCGCGCCCCGCAACCUGCAGAGCCUCGAAGAACCACCAAGCGCAAAGGCUACCGGCGGCGGCGGCGGCCGACUCCCCGCCGUGCUCCCGCUUCCCUCGGCUGCGGAUGUCGCCGAGGAAAUACGGCGGCGGCCCCGGCGGCGGUCCAGGCUGGCCGAUGUUCCCCCGACCCCUCCGAGCCCUACCGCUGCUUCUGUGAGCACCGGCGGCGGCGUCCAGAGCGCGGUUGUUUCGUACUCCACUGGUGACGUCCCAACCGGCAGCGGCGUCGGUCUCGACGGGGGGGCUCUGGCGGAGCGGGGGCGAACUCUAUCGCGGCUAGGGAUCCUCUUCGGCGGUGCGAGCAAGAGGAGGCGAUCGCGCGGCGGCGGUGGCGGCGGUAGCAGCAUUGGAGCAAGCGGGGCCGCUUUGGCAGCUUUGGGCCCCGCGGCGAGUGGCUGUUCGAUAGGGCUGCAGCCGCUUGCACCGGCGACUGUUCCAGCGAUCGGUUUCGAUGGCAACGGCACAUCAUCAGCCGGCGCCGCUGCCGCCCCGACCGUGGCAUUGCUCAAGGGCAAGAUCAAAGGGUGGCGGCGGCGGAAGCUAAGCGCCGCGCCAACGGUGCCUCCUCCGCUCUCCGCUACGCUGACACCGGUCGUCGACGAUGACCGGCGAUUGUCCCGGGGGUCUAGCUGUGCCUCCACUUCGCCGGGCGCUCUCCUCCCGCUAGUCGCAAUGGCAGACGGGGACAGUGGCGGCGGGGGCGCUCCGGUGGCGCGCGAUAUAGCGCCGGCGGCCGCCGCGGCGACACGGCCACCGCCGAUGGCUUUGAUCCCGGUCAAGGUGGGCACAAUGGACGGUGAACGGACGCUGUCGGACUCGCCAAGCGCCAUUAGCUCCCUAGCAGGCUCAACACAGGCGGCGCUGACUUCGGGUUCCGUUGACUCGGGAACAGUCUCUAGAACGGUCUCCGGAACACCUUCGCUGGGGUCUGAGGCGGAGACUUCAGCGACCGCCGGCUCGUCGGCGACGGCGAUGGCGACAGCGGCACCGAUAGCGGGAGGAGUUCCGGGCAUGGGGCAGGCGGGGGCGGGAAUGGACGGCGGCGGCGGCGGCGGUGCGGCGGCACGGGGGCAGCAUGACGGGGACCAACCCAAGAUGACGAGGAAGAAACGUCGCAGCGGCCGUAGGAGUGGCGCCGACACUGGUAAUACCCAACGGGUACACAAGAUCAACCUAGGGAGCAAGAAAGAUCAGAUGACCAUGACGCACGCCGAUCGGACGGCCCUUUUGAUCGGGGCGUGCGAGUGGGGGGACCUCGAGGCCCUCCAGCGCCUGCUUGAGCUUGGGGCGUCACCGCUGGACCUCUACUCGCCCUCAGUGGAAGGGUCCCGCUGUGUCUUCUGCCAGUUCUUCCUCUUCUUGCUCCAGGUCGGAGCAGGGCUACGGUCUCGGCUUGCGAUGGAUGACUCGCUCCACGACCGUGCACUCUCCAUGCUGAUCCAGCCCAGCCUGGAGAAAAACCGGCGGUUCUUGUCGGGGCCUCAGCUCCGCGACCAAGACGAAGGGAGAGGGUUCUGCCUCGUGCACCACGCGGCGGCCUUCGGCAACGCGAACAAGGUGGAGUUCCUGUUGCAAAGAGGCGUUGACCCGGACGUGAGAGCUCGAGGGGGCGACGAAACGGCACUGAUGGUGGCCGCGAGGAGGGGGCAGAGGCCACACCUGGAGGUCGCUGCGGCGCUGAUCAAGGCCGGGGCUGACAAGCUCGCUCGAGACCGGUCCGGGAGGACCCCUCUCCACCACGCCGCCUCCGCCGGCCGCAAACACAUGUGCCACUACCUCCUGCUCGUGGGCGGGGACAAGACGGCACGGGACGACGAGGGAAGGACUCCGAUGGACGCGUGCCGGACGGGGCACCCGCGGGCGUUCGCCGUCAUGCAGUCUUUCAUCAGCCGCAGGCCGCCCCCCGCGACGAUUCUCGACUACAUGGAGAAGGUGGAGGUUCACGGCCACGCCCAGGAAGUCCUGCUGCGCCAACAAGCCGGGGCGGCAGCCGCCGCCGCCGCGAGCCUGGUCGGGGGCGGGGAAGAGGAGGACAGCAUGGCGUCCUGGGACGCGGCGUCUCUCGGCGGGAUGGUGAGCGGCACGGGCGCUAUUAGUAGCGUGCUCUCGCUCGGCAGCCUCGUCGCCACCACCACCACUGCGUGAUAGACUGUCCGGCAUACAAGGCUUGUCAGAUGUACGAGAGGUUGUCAGAUAUAUACGAGAGGUUUUGCCAGAAGAAGGAGAGGUUGUCAGAUAUACGAGAGGGUGUCCGAUAUACGAGAUGGUAGGGGACGCGAGUGUUGUGGUGUAGUACUUAUUUCUCAGGCGGCUGGCUGUCUGCGGGGGGAUCGCGGCUCAUGUUGUUGUUGUUGUUGCUGAACCGGCGGAGGCAGCGAACGCAUGAUCACCGCUGACCAAUGGGCUGAAUCGUGGGGUCUAACGGGGCGCGAGCCGUUUCGCGUGUGGGGAGGCUCCAUGUUUCUCAUGAUUCAUCUCAGGGCGGCAGCGGUAUCAUUGGCGGGCGGCUUCGUCGGAUGGAACUUGCUGAUGCUACGGUGGUUGCUUUAGUUUGAUGUGUAAAUUUUGAACAUGUCUACCAGUAGAUAUCUAGUAUUGAUGCGAAGGGCGGUUGGUGGUGUGGCGCGCAGAUGACGCAGUGCAAUAGUCUAUGGGUUCUUCAUUUUUGGUUGUCAUCACCCGAGGCGUGCUUGUUCAUUCAAUGGUCUGGAGAAACAACGCCGGUGUAUAGUACGUAGUGAGGCCCACACAGCCCAUUUGUGUAAUGUAAGUCAGUGUUUUCAAAGUGAGUGUGUAAAGUGAGUUCGUGUACAUUGUUGACGUGCCUUUCCUCUCUCUUUCGCACCCAGUACUGUGUUUUACUUUACUAAAGAUGGCUUCGUUGCUGAGGGACUUCGGGGGAAAGACAACUGCUGGACCCUUCUGCCACUUUCAAAGUGAAGGCAACCACCGGAGAUGGACUUUUUCUCUGACGUCGCCGGAGUACAUUCAUCCGGUACAGAAUCCAAGAACAUGAAUUAGGGUGGUAUCAAGAGCGUUCGUUUAUUGGAUUGUGGGCAGAAAACACUCGGUGAUGGCGCUUUGUUUGUUUUCAGCAUAGAUGGUGUGCGCUGGUGCUGCUGGCACGUCUCUUUCAGGACUCGCGUACGAUGCGUUUGUCAUUUUCCUUCGAAUUUGAAGUCAGUGUUCUUGUCGGCAUCCAUCCGUAUUUGUGCUGUUUCUGUCAUAUCACGCGAUCCGACGCAUCAAUCGUUGAUUGUUUUUAUUUGGCUUGUAGAAGGGAGCCAUCCGUACAUUGUACGACAUGUGUGCCGGCCUUCCUGUGCCGUUGAAUCCAGGCG